AUGGCUUCAAUAAACUUACUUGAUGCUUCCAUAGCCAUCUUUUGCUUUCUCAUCAUCCUUUACUUGUUCUUCAAGAAACCUAAAGGCCCAUUCCUUAGGAACUGGCCCGUUCUCGGAAUGCUCCCUAGUCUGCUCAUGGUCCUCCACCGGAUCUAUGACUACGGCAUUGAGAUUAUCGAGUUCUCUGACUUGACGUUUCCAUUCAAGGGACCGUGGUUCGCUGGAAUGGAUAUGCUGGUCACGGUUGAUCCAGCUAACAUUCAUCAUAUCAUGAGCUCAAACUUCUCAAACUACAUCAAAGGACCGGAGUUCCAAGAAGUUUUUGAUGUGUUCGGAGACGGGAUUAUCACCACGGACUCGGAGCUAUGGAAGAAUUUGAGGAAGUCUUAUCAAGCAAUGGUCCAUCAUCAAGGGUUUCAAAGGUUUUCAAUGAGUACUACGGCUAGUAAAAUCAAGGACGGGCUUGUUCCUCUUCUUGAUCAUUUUGCAAAGGAAGGCACAAGUGUGGACUUGCAAGAUGUGUUUGGGAGGUUCACUUUUGAUACAAUCUUAAUCCUAAUUACCGGUUCUGAUCCUCAAUCUCUCUCCAUUGAGAUGCAUGAGGAUGAAUUAGCUAAAGCUCUCGACGAUGUUGGAGAAGGGGUUUUGUAUAGGCAUAUUAAACCAAAGUUCUUGUGGAAGCUGCAAAACUGGAUGAGAAUCGGACAAGAGAAGAAGAUGGUUGAAGCUAAUGCAACUUUUGACCGCGUAUGCGCGAAAUACAUAUCAGCCAAGAGAGAAGAGAUUCUUGAUCUUUCCAGUGGAGAAAGUCAUGAGGAUCUUUUAACUUCCUUCAUAAAGCUAGAUACAACCAAGUACGAGCUCUUGCAUCCGAGUGACGAUAAGUUCCUUAGAGACACUAUCUUAGCUUUCAUUCUAGCGGGAAGAGAUACAACUGCCUCCGGUCUCUCUUGGUUCUUCUGGCUUCUCUCAGAAAAUCCACAAGUGGUACUCAAGAUUCGUCAAGAGAUCAUCGACACGGAUCUAUCAAGAACCGAUAAUGGCCAAGAGAAUUUGGACAAGUUGGUGUAUUUACAUGGUGCGUUGUGUGAAGCAAUGCGGCUCUAUCCACCAGUUUCCUUCGGGCGCAAGUCUUCUAUCGAAUCAGAUGUGCUUCCGAGUGGGCAUAAAGUUGAAGCAAACUCUAAAAUUAUUAUUAGUAUCUAUGCAAUGGGGAGGAUGAGAGCGAUUUGGGGCGAAGACGCAUUGCAAUUCAAGCCAGAGAGAUGGAUUUCUGAGAAUGGAUGCUUAAAACAUGAACCUUCCUUCAAGUUCUUAGCGUUUAAUUCGGGUCCAAGAACUUGCCUAGGUAAGCAUUUGGCUAUGAUUCAAAUGAAGACAGUGGCAGUGGAAAUAUUACGUAACUAUGACAUUACGGUUAUCAAAGGGCAGAAGAUUGAGCCGGUUCUUAGUUUUAUAUUGUCAAUGAAGCAUGGACUUAAAGUCACAAUUACUAAGAGAUGUUCAGCUUGA